GAAUUUUGGCGGCGCACUCGGACUGCCGGUACUUCCGGUGAGGGUCGUCUGGUCGAGGCUGGUUGGUCUACGCGUGGAGACCUGCGGGGUCCUGAGGCUGUGGAGGGCUAGAGUGAGGCGGACAGGAGAAGAAGCCUGGAGCUGAGGACCGAGAGUUGAAUAAGUAUAUAUAUCAUUAUAAGCACCAUGGAUGAAGAACCUGAGAGAACCAAGCGGUGGGAAGGAGGUUAUGAGAGAACCUGGGAAAUUCUUAAAGAAGAUGAAACUGGAUCACUUAAAGCUACAAUAGAAGAUAUUCUCUUCAAGGCAAAGAGGAAAAGAGUGUUUGAGCACCAUGGACAAGUUCGACUUGGAAUGAUGCGCCACCUGUAUGUGGUGGUGGAUGGAUCGAGAACAAUGGAAGAUCAGGAUUUAAAGCCCAAUAGACUGACGUGCACUUUAAAGUUGCUGGAAUACUUUGUAGAAGAAUAUUUUGAUCAAAACCCUAUCAGUCAGAUUGGAAUAAUUGUAACUAAGAGUAAAAGAGCUGAAAAACUGACUGAACUCUCAGGAAACCCAAGGAAACAUAUAACAUCUUUGAAGAAAGCUGUAGAUAUGACCUGCAAUGGAGAACCAUCGCUCUAUAAUUCCUUAAGCAUGGCUAUGCAGACCCUAAAACACAUGCCUGGACAUACAAGUAGAGAAGUGCUAAUCAUCUUCAGCAGCCUUACCACCUGUGAUCCAUCUAAUAUUUACGAUCUCAUCAAGACCCUGAAGACAGCUAAAAUUAGAGUGUCUGUUAUUGGAUUAUCUGCGGAGGUUCGAGUUUGUACUGUACUUGCUCGUGAAACUGGUGGCACAUACCAUGUUAUCUUAGAUGAAACCCAUUACAAGGAGUUGUUAGCACAUCAUGUGAGCCCCCCUCCUGCCAGCUCAAGCUCCGAGUGCUCACUCAUUCGCAUGGGAUUCCCUCAGCAUACCAUUGCUUCUUUGUCUGAUCAGGAUGCAAAACCAUCUUUCAGCAUGGCGCAUUUGGAUAAUAAUAGCACUGAGCCAGGGCUUACAUUGGGAGGCUACUUCUGCCCACAGUGUCGAGCAAAGUACUGUGAGCUUCCUGUUGAAUGUAAAAUAUGUGGUCUUACUUUGGUGUCUGCACCUCAUCUGGCAAGAUCUUACCAUCAUUUAUUUCCUUUGGAUGCUUUUCAAGAAAUUCCCCUAGAAGAAUAUAAAGGAGAAAGGUUUUGUUAUGGAUGUCAGGGGGAAUUGAAAGACCAACAUGUCUAUGUUUGCACAGUGUGCCAAAAUGUUUUUUGUGUGGACUGCGAUGUCUUUGUUCAUGACUCUCUCCACUGCUGUCCUGGCUGUAUUCAUAAGAUCCCAACUCCUUCAGCGCAUCAUGACUGAUCAGCUAGCUGAAAACAAACUGCUGAACUAAAGAAGUUUUCUCCUUAUUGGAUGAAGAUGGAGAAGGCAAUGGGAACAUGAACUUGGCCCUCCCAUAUGGUCACUGAAAAAACCCAACAAGCCAAUUCAGGAUAUCCCAGAAUUUUUACUCUGAUGGAAGAAAGAAGAAAGAAAAGAAGAAGAAUGCAAAUGCUGUACCUCACUUGGUCUGUGCUUCAUUCAGUUCUUGCCUCUAGGCACCUGCUUUGAGGCCUUGCCUUGGCACCCCCAGGGAUGGACUGUUAGCUGUGAACCAAAAGAGCUCUUCCUUUCCUGAGCUGGCUAUGGUUAAGUUUUAUCACAGGAACAGAAAACAAACUAGGGCAGUGUGCAUUUGAAAAUGAUCUUUUUCAUGUGUACACAUCUUGCUUAAGAAAAUGGUGUUAAAAAACAUUACUUCAAAACUCGAGGCGGGACAGGGUCUCUGGCUGUAGAAAUCAUACAAUUCAGGAUGGAACUAGGGCCUUCGCUCCAUUGGCUUAUUUAAGGACUUAGUCUUUGACUUUAGUGAUCCCAGAGUUUACCUCAGACCCUGGUCUGUGGCUCCAGUGGUCCCAGAGAUCACCUUGGGACCUGGCCUUUGAUCUGAGCCAUCUGAGAGUUCACCUCAGGACUCAAGUUUUGUCUGUAGUGGUCUCAGAGUUUAGCUUGGAAAAGUACCUUUAAUUCCAGGGGUCCCAGAUGUCAGUACAACAAGGGUUUUGGUUUUAGCAGUCCCUGAGUUUAUCUUCAAGCCAGAAAUUUGGUUUUAGCACCUCUAGGGUUCACCAUGGGAUAGGGCUUUUGUCUAGAGGUCCCAGCACUGAGCAUUGUGCAAAGCCUUUUGCUCAAAAGCUCUUAGAGAUCACUAUAAGACUGAAGUUCUGACUGUUCUUCCCAGUCAGAAUUUAAUGUAAAGCUGGCAUUUGACUCCAGCCCCUGGCAGAUUCAGAGUUCAGCAUUCCAGUGGGCCAUUCCAUGUGGCCACUCUGGUGAUAAGUGUGUGGUGCUCCUGUUGUUACGCUGUCACAUCUAGGUGGGGUAAACCCACUUUGGAGUCAACACCAGGCUUCACAGUCUUCAUAGCUGACAUUCAUGAAGACUUACAGAAAAAAGACAACUAGAGAGUUGGAAGAGAACUGAAAAUUUUAAGAUAAAUCCAAUCAACACACACAAAAAACAAAAGAAAAUUAAAUGACAAAGCAAUUCAUCACAACACUCAUUCCAAACCUCAUAACUCCCUUAUAAUGGAAGCCAAAGUCGGUGAGGUAGGUGACAUGUCUGAGAAAGAAUUCAGUUUUGCUUUUUAUAAGAAAGAAUGACCAUAAAGAAGUCUCAAGAAGAUGGAUGAGUUAAGUACAUCUAUCCAAAAUUUACACAAGAGAUUUCUCCAGAGAGAGUGAAAAUUUAAUAAACUGGAGGAGAAAGUCCAGUAUAUGAAGGGAAAACUCAGGAAGGGAAUUGAAACAUUAAAAACCAAAUAGAAAUUCUGGAAGUGAAGGAAAUGGUCAAUUAAAUAAAAACACUUCCACAUCAGGAAGAAUCGACAACAGACAAGAGAACACAGAAGAACAUAAGGGAUGAGAAUACCAAGAGGAGACAGCCAUACAGAGAGACAUAUAAGGAGAAGAUUAAGCAUGAACAGAUAUUUCCAUGAAGUCUGAGAUGCAUUUAGGAGGGCAUAUUGUACAAGGAGCAGAGAUAAUAGAUUAAUGAAAUUAUACUAGGAAUGUCUGAAACCUAGAGAAUGAAGUAGACAUCCAAAAACAACAGGCAUUCAGAAUACUGAAUCAAUAUGGACAAUGAAGAAAUUCACCAUACGUCAUAGUCAAGAUGUCAGAAAUACAAAGUAAAGAAACACUAUUAGCAUGGUAUGAGAAAUAUCAGUUCAUCUUACCAAAGCAGGAAUAUCUAAAUAGACCAUCUGUACCCCCAAAAGAAUGAACUGAUAGAUUUGAAGUUCUGAAAGUAAGCAACUCUAAACCAAGAGUGAUAUAUCCAGAAAAGUUAACUUUCACAAUUGGUGAAGAUUAAGGAUUUUUUCAAGACAAACACAAAUGGAUGCUAUUUAUAGCAGUCAAACCAACAUUGCAGGAUGUUAAAGGAAUACUAUAGAGUACUAGUUCUCAGCCUUCCUGAAGCUGUGACCUUUUAAUAUAAUUCCUCAUGUGGUCACCAAAGACCAUAAAAUUAUUUCAUUGUUACUUCAUGACUGUAACUUUUCUACUGUAAUGAGUCAUAAUGUAAAUAUGUGAUAUGCAAGAUAUCAGGUAUGUGACCUCUAUGAAAGGGUCAUUCAGCCACCAUAGGGGUUAUGAGCCACUGGUUGAGACCCACUGCUAUAGAGGGAAGAAGAAGAAAGACAGUCUUCUGUGACAGCUCAUGAAAGUAUAUGCUCCAUGGAAGAAAGAGAAUAACAGCAACAAAUUAGGAAAGGAUCAAACAUGUCCAACAUAGCAAAACAACAAUUCCCAAACUAUUGGGGGGGGGGAGACAGUAGUAAUCCAGCAAACUAAAACAACAAAUUAAGAGGAAAUAGCAAACUCUUCAAUAAUAGCCUUACAUGAAUAUGGACUAUCAGUAUUGGCACAUGUCUUUAAUCCUAGUAUUCAAGAGGCAGAGCAGGUGGGU